AUGGUGUUUCUGACCACCAAGCUCGUGGAGAGGGUGUCCCUCUUUGUGUCGUUCGGGGGCCUGGUGACGUCGUUGGUCACGUUCUUCCUGCCCCUGUGGAAGACGAUGAACUCGGACCUGAACGAGAUGGAGAACUGGUACGAGGGCCUGUGGCACCUGUGCAUCUUCACCGAGGAGGUGGGCCUGCACUGCAAGGCCUACGAGUCCACGCUGGCGCUGCCCGCCGACAAGCUGGCGUCGCGGGCGCUCAUGUUCGUCUCCGUGGCCACGGGCCUGCUCGGGGUGCUGGCGGCGUUCUUCGGGCUGGAGGGGGUGCUGGACGGAGCCGGAGGGGGUCGGCGUCGGCGGCGGCUGAAGAGGGGGCUGCUCAUCGCCGGGGGCGUCCUCUUCUGGGUGUCGGGACUCACCACGCUGGCGCCCGUGUCCCUGGUGGCCUACUUCACGGUGGUGGAGUUCUGGGACGAGAGCAUUCCCGACGUGGUGCCGCGCUGGGAGUUUGGCGAGGCCAUGUUCUCCGGGUGGAUCGCGGGACUCCUCCUGGUGGUCGGCGGCUCGUUCUUGUUUGUGGCCGUGUGCAUGGGGGAUUACGAGGCGCGCCAGGCUAGAGAUUUAGCCUUCUGCAAGGACGCUCCAAGGACACGGCACUACCUAAAGACAGAGGUCCUAUAG